AUGACAGCUGUUACGAUGGCGACGACGCCCGAAGCCCCGCCCGCCUUCAAGGGCGGUCCGCAUCUGACGGUCAGCUGGAGGCGUCCCGGUUCCAAAAAGUGGCAGCCGUUCGAGGAUAGCCUCGGACCCGCCAUCCUUGCGGCGACCGCGUCGGGACAGGCGACCUUCCAGCUGGAGGAGUCCCUGCGGAGGUCGCCGCGACUCAAUCCAGAGGAGAGGAAAGCGAAGCGCGCGCGCGCUUCUCGAAGAUCCUCGAAGGAAGUGGACCUUGUGGUGACGCUCAAGACAGACCGCAACGGGUGUCCGGCGUCGAACUCGGAACGCGCCGUUCGCUGGGGCUUCUCUUCGACGUGCAGCUUCGACCGGCUGCCAAGAACUGCGCGCGCUCUUGCGGCCAUGAUCGCGGAUUGCGAGGCGCCGAAGAAACGACAGGUCCUCUCCGAAUUGCUCGAUUUCCUGACGUCUGAAGAGCGCAUCCACAAAUUCCUGUCCGAAAUAGACUUCGCCGCCAAUCCCGUUCAGUGGUUUCCCUCACUGACGGCAUGCGCCGCGAAAACCGGGACCCUUCGGAUCUCGCGGAUCACCGUGAACGCGCGCGCGCGGCCCGGAGGCGCGCUGUACGCGCGAUUUCUGGACGCGAUGGCACGACACGUGGCAGACCUGGGAGAUGCGCUCCGGUCACUCAUGGGCUCCGACUCUCAGAAGAUGGCGCCGCUCCUUUUCGCCUUCCACGGCACUCCGCCCCCCAACGUUCCGUCCAUCUUGGAGAACGGAAUGCUGCCGGAAAAGAGAAUAGCGAGCGGCGGGGACUGGUUCGGAACGUUACCGUUCGCGAGCUUGAGUUACUGCCAGAAGCAGUGGGGCUGCGGUGUCAUUGGGGGGCCUCCGUUCCGGCUGAUCCUGUUCCUGCUUCUUCCGGUUCCGUCAGCUGUGCUCUCUGGAACGGAAAGUUGGCGAUCGCAACAGUUCGGGCAGCCCUCCAGUAGGAAGCUAGCCCGCCUCGCGGGGGCAGGCUGCCGCGGCCGGCCGCAACUCAAAGGGUUUCCCGAGGAAGCUGCAGCCGAUCCCAUGACGCCCGCUCCUUCGGUUGUCAUUGUUUGGGUUCUCAGUGAAUUGUUUGAAGUUCCGUGGCAACCAAAUGAGGUUGAGAGGCUGCGGCGCGAGGUUCAGUUGGAGGCCCAUGCAGUGCGGCUGGGGAAAUCCUGGGAGACGUAUGGGGACACGUUUGUCAACUCUUUUGCCAAGGAGCUGAUGUUGUGCGUACAAGAUGUGAGCCAUCAACACAGCAACCUAAGUGCGUUGACUGACUUCCUCGCGCGGCUCUUCGGCGCUUGUCCAAGCAAUCCAAGCUUACACAUCAGGAGGGGUUCACAGGAGCUUUGGCCUUCUGUUCUGGAGGAGUUCCGCCGGAAGCACGAGCAGUUGUCUCAAGGAACGGAACGGGCGGCACCUGCAACAACGCGCUGGCGAGAGAAGAGUCUGGAAUUCCUCCGUCAUCUGGACUACUCGAUUCCUUAUAUUGGCACUGGGGACGAGGUUUCUAACGAAGUGUCGAGAAGGUUGAGAGGAGCGGUCGAAAAGGUCAGGGCAGGGCUGUUGAAUGAGAAAUCGAAGAUAAGACAAGCGCAGGAAGAGGUAAUUGAGGAAGCUGAAGAAGCGCAGAUGAGAGCCAAACGGGCGCUGGUCAAGGCUUCUCUGGAGAAGGCGCCCUGGGAAAAGGGAGCAUUGUCAGGCGAGAGGAGGAUUUGA